UUUUGUUUGACAGAAUUCAAAGAAGGUUUCUUGGUCUUUUUGUUCGGUUUCAAAUUCGCUCACUCUCAGUGCUCAGCCCUGGCACCAGACUGGGCAGCAGCUGGCAACUAAGUACUUUGCCGGAGUCGUAGUCACUUUUUUUAGCGGUGUUAGCCUCUAACCCUGGGUCCCUAUCAGCCGGAGCGAGAACAUGCCAGCACUGCGGAACUCAGC